AAACUGGGGAGCAUUUUUUUCGAUGCACCGCCAAUCUCGAGUUCAUAAAAGUCAGACAUCAGAUCCACUUUUCUGCUCAGUGAAACAAUGUGCCUGGUUAGGAUGGCGCUUUAAUGAUGGCGGAUUAAGCCUAUGAAUUCACGGGAUAACCUCCAGAGGUCUUUAUUAUCUUCUGAAAGGGCAGGGAGGGGGCGUGCAUACCGGAGAGAAGUGUCCGCUGUGAGAGGCGGUGGAGGCGGGGAGGAGAGCAGCGCAGUCCUCGGUGGAUGACAGGGGGGCAUGGAGAUGUUGCGCCGCUCCUCUGUGUUUGCUGCUGAAGUUUUUGACCGCUCUCCCACCGACAAGGAGCUGGUGUCCCAGGCCAAAGCACUGUGCAGGGACUACAUUCAUUCCAGGCUGAACCGUGCCGGCAUUGGCUGGUCUAAACCUGAACAUGGACUGGCUGCAUCAGGUGGAGUGCUGGGAGAGAUAUCGUCGAUACUAUUAUGGCUGGGUGAUGAGUUGGAGUACCUUCGACCCAACGUUUAUCGCAACGUAGCGAGACAGCUGAAUAUAACCGUGGCGUCAGAGAGUGUUGUGUCAGAUGCCUUCCUGGCUGUGGCUGCUGACAUUUUCUCCACAGGUGUGACGUGGGGGAAGGUGGUGUCUCUGUACGCGGUGGCAGGAGCCCUAGCAGUGGACUGUGUUCGACAUGGUCACCCAGCGAUGGUCCACACCAUCGUCGACUGUUUGGGGGAGUUUGUUAGAAAGAGCCUGACAUCCUGGUUAAAGAAGAGGGGGGGCUGGGUGGAUGUAACAAAAUGUGUGGUGAACUCUGACCCCAGUUUCCGCUCUCACUGGCUGGUGUCUGCCGCCUGCACCUUUGGACACUAUGUGAAGGCCGUUGUGUUGUACCUGCUCAGAGAGAAGUGAACAACAAAAGAUGUUUUGGGACCAAACAGUUACUUUUUGAAGAGGAACAAUCCACUAGGGUGUUCCCUGAGAGCUACACACCAUGGGGACUUUUUUCUGUUAUGCAAUUGCAUGGGAGAAUAUCUACUCUGAAGCAGGAGCUAAACCGGAUCCCCUGCACUGGAUUUUAAGCAGAAUGAUAAUUAACUUAGCACCCCCACCUCCACCACUCCACUGAAGCAUCCUCUGCUUUGGAUCAUGUUUACACUUUUUUUGCACUGAGCCAUUAUUGAUGAACACUCGCCCUGCACAGACUUCUUCUUCCUCUUCUCAUAGAUUUUCUAUUUAUUGUCAGUAGUUCUAACAUGUGUUAUCACAUGCUGAUCAUGUUUUGAACUCAGACAGGAGACCUGCGGAUUUUGCUACCAGUUUAGCAGCCCCUAGUGGUUGAAAUAGGCAACUACAUUAGUCUUUGUAGAGCUCCUGAGGCCAUUCGUGACAAAUUGGUGUUUCAAACCUCACCUGGAUUGCAUUUAUUUCCCAACAGGCAAGUGCAUACUGAACAUAUAUGCAAAUGGCUGCAUAUUUCUUGCAACAAUAGGGUGGGGUUCCAAGAAAGGGAAGGUAUCUAAAAUGUUCUUUUUGCUGAAGGGAAUAUAGUUUAAGAGGGAGGAUUUUGAUUUAUUUUCUCACUGCAAAUGUAUUUCUAUUCCAGCCAGAAUCACAGAGGAACAAAUAGAAAGAAUUGUCUGCUUUAAUGUGAAUAAUUGGAAAUAGGACAACAAUCCUCAGUUUAAUGUUUUUUAAAGCAAACAACCAGCCAGGUUUUUAGAAACAUAUCUUUGUGAAUAAGCACGUUUUUCCUUGAAGUCCUUCUGUGUCACAGGUCUUUGAAAAAAGUAUCAAGCCUCUGGAGGGGACAAAUAAUAUAUGAGGGCUCCUCGUGUGGUCAGCAGAUAUCCAGAUAACUGAUGAUAUCCACACCAUUACUUUCUUUAAAAUGCUCUGGUCAUCCAGUUAACGUCUGCUGAGCUACUUGAGUCGUGCAAAUGGAGCAGUAGUGAAGAGAUUACCUCUACAAUCCAUUUAUCCCCACUCAUUAGCCCAUAUAUACAAAGCUGAAUUGUUGACGGGUGAUAGCCUUUGGGUUUCAAGGUUGUGUUUCAGCUGCACUUGCUCUUCAUUCAGACUGUUUAAAAAUAGACUACCAACAAGAAAGCUCCCAACAUAAAAAAUUAUUAUCCCUCACCUACAGAUUCUUCCUUCUAUACAGAUCUCACAACAGCAUUGAUGAAAACACUAAAUGAAACGUUAAAAGUGACAUUUUUCGAGUUGUUGCCAAUUUGUAAUAUUAAAAAGUAAAGUCAACCAAACAUUUAAAAUACAUUUUAAAUGCUUAAAACAUUGUGGUACACCAUCUUUAACUCUUUAUGUGUCACCACUUUAAGCUAUAAUAUAGUGAAAUAAGUCGUCAGUAUUUACUCGUCAAAGUCAUUUUCACACAGUCCCUUAUAGUCUGUUUAAUUGAAGCUACUUCACUACAUACAUAAUGUACAGACUGUCACCAGCACCAGACGUUUAAUGUUCCCUAUGAGGCGUUGUAUCAUACUGUAUGCUGUAACCGCAGUAGGUCUUAGUAUAUUUGUUCUGUGUUAGAGCACUUUGAUAACAUUUCACUUUGAGAGAUUUUAGUCUGUGAAUAAUUUCACUUUUUUUUGUGAUAAGAUGUAGCACAAGAAGUCAUAGAAAAUAAACUGAUGUCUGUGACUCACCUGCAACUGUAAAUAUUCAAAAUAAAAGUUCUUACAAUGAUGU